AUGAAAAUAAUUUGUGAUGUGAACAGAAGGAAGUUUUGAUGUGGAUUCGUGGUUUUUAUUUUUACCAUACAUUCUUUUGUUUUUUUUUUUUUCCGCUCUUUUUUAAUGGCAUACCUUAUGUUGAUUAUUUAUUUAUUUAUUUUAUUGUGGGCUGGUUUUGGUGAUGUAGAUUCCUGAUAUAUGCAAGAGAUCUUUUGUUUGUUUGGGACUCUGUUGGGAAUAAGAAUAAUUUUCAUCUGUUUUUUUUCUUUCAUGUUGUAAAAUUUUUGAAUGCUUUUGUGACAAGGUUUUAACUUUAUUCAUUCUGUUUGAUAUGAUUCUGAUUCUGGAUUUUAUUCAGAUCUGUUCCAUUGCUUAAAUUUUGCUGGAAUAUUCGCUUGGCUUUUUAUUUACUUUGUGGGUUGAGUAUUCUGCUGUCCUACCUAUGCUUGUUUUUUAUCUUCAUGUUUGGUUUGUGACGAUGUUUAAGUUUAUCUAUGCCGGAGGUAUGAUAUUAUUACUAAUAUUAUUACUAGAGGGGUUGAAGCACUUCGUUCCUCUAAUAAUUAUAUACAAACAUAAUAUUAGAAAGUUGUUUGUAAUUAUUCAAAGAAAAUAUAAGUUUUUUUUUACUUUUUUAUAUUGAGGACUAUAAUAGUCCGAUAAAAGUAGAGACCAAUAAAAGUAGAGACCAAAAGCAGUUACAUAUUUUUGUAUUCCCUUUAUAAUAGGUUUAGAUUAUUCUUAUGAUGAUGAUUUAUUAUUAUUAUUAUUAUUAUUAUUAUUAUUAUUGAUGCUGUUGUUGUUAAGGUAAUACACCUAUUUUUAGGUGUAGUUUUAAGCAUGUGUUUUCCACCUUAUGCAUGUGGCGUGCUUGUGUUGUUUUGUUUGAAGUUAAUUCCAUGUUUGUAAUUCCAAUGGCACUUGAUUGGCCUGUUAAUGUUGGGGCUUUUUAUUUUUAUUUUUUGCUUAUUAUCUUCUGUUUUUGUUUCAUGACUUCCUGCGGUAAUUAUUCGGCCGUGAUAGAUUAAUAGAUGUUACACGUUUUUGGGAAAUUCAUAGAGGUGGUUCUUUCAGUUCAAAUUUGUAAUUUGUUCUGUCAGAGAUUUUUGGGACCCAAAAGGUAUAGGGACUUGCAGCUACUUUACCGCUUCUAACCAAAGCAUGUGCGGUGGCCCAGAGAAAUCAAAAUCUCUUUCAACUUCAUCUUCAUCUUCAUCUGCAGUAGAAGGUUCAACUAACGGCAAAGACAUGAAAAAUCUAACUGUUCAUACUGAAGAUUCUUUUUCCUGCUUACUCGAGCUUGCUUCUAACAAUGAUUUUGAGGAUUUUAAGCUAGCUUUAGAUAGAGAUGCUUCUCUAAUAAAUGAAGUUGGCAUCUGGUAUGUCCGUCAAAUUGGGUCCAAACAAAUUGUUCUUGAGCACCGAACUCCUUUAAUGGUUGCUGCUACCUAUGGGAGUAUAGAUGUUCUAAAACUUGUACUCUCAUUUCCAGAGGCUGAUGUAAAUUUCUCCUGUGGGACAGAUAGAAGCACUGCCCUUCACUGUGCUGCAUCUGGGGGUUCUGUUAAUGCAGUUGAUGUUGUGAAAUUGCUCUUAUCAGCUGGUGCUGAUAUCCAUUGUGUGGAUGCUAAUGGGAACCGUCCUGUUGAUGUUAUUGUUGUUCCUCCUAAGCUUGAAGGUGUGAAAGCAACUCUUGAAGGUCUACUUUCAGAUAGUGCUUCUGAUGGGUCUGUCGGUGUCCACUCAAUUCCAGUUUCUAUUAUUUCAUCAAGUCCUGAAUCAGCUGCUCAUUUAUCACCUGAAAAUGGGUUGCCGUCCUCUCCUACAGUGUCAAAGUUUACUGAUACAUCUGUCUAUUCUAUUUCAGAGAAGAAAGAAUAUCCAAUUGACCCAUCACUUCCUGAUAUAAAGAACAGCAUUUAUGCAACAGAUGAGUUUCGCAUGUUUUCAUUUAAGGUGCGUCCUUGUUCCCGGGCAUACUCUCAUGAUUGGACUGAGUGUCCUUUUGUUCAUCCGGGAGAGAAUGCUCGUAGGAGAGACCCCAGAAAGUUCCAUUACAGUUGUGUGCCAUGCCCUGAUUUUAGAAAGGGGGCUUGUAGACGAGGGGAUAUGUGUGAAUAUGCUCAUGGAGUAUUUGAGUGCUGGCUGCACCCAGCCCAAUAUCGGACAAGGCUCUGCAAGGAUGGCACCAGUUGUAAUAGAAGGGUAUGUUUUUUUGCCCACACAACAGAAGAGCUGCGUCCAUUGUAUGUGUCCACUGGAUCUGCUGUUCCUUCGCCCCGAUCAUCAGCCUCUACUCCUAAUGUCAUGGAUAUGGCUGCUGCAAUGAGCAUGUUUCCUGGUUCGCCGUCAUCAAUUUCUUCAAUGUCCCAGUCUCCCUUUGCGCAGCCAAUGUCUCCAUCUACAAAUGGCAUUUCACACUCAUCUACUGCUUGGUCACAGCCAAAUGUUCCAGCUCUUCAUUUACCAGGAAGCAAUAUUCAUACUAGCCGAUUGAGAUCUUCUCUUAAUGCUCGUGACAUGACACCUGAAGACUUGGAUAUGUUGCGAGAUUUUGAUGGGCAGCAACACCUUUUGAAUGACCUGGGCUGUUUCUCACAGCCCCGUCCUGGUGCCAUUUCAGUGAGUCGAUCUGGCCGGUCUAAGACACUAACUCCAUCAAAUCUUGAUGAUCUAUUUUCUGCUGAAAUUUCUUCAUCUCCUAGGUAUUCUGACCCAGCAGCGGCUUCUGUAUUUUCUCCAACACACAAAUCAGCUAUUUUGAAUCAGUUUCAACAGCUUCAAAGUUCGUUAUCACCCAUAAAUACAAGUGUCUCCUCCCCUAGGAACGUUGAGCAUCCUCUAUUACAGGCUUCAUUUGGUGUCUCUUCUCCCGGAAGGAUGUCACCAAGAAGUAUGGAACCAAUCUCUCCGAUGGGCUCUCGAUUAUCAGCAUUUGCUCAGCGUGAGAAACAACAGCAACAGCUGCGAAGCCUUAGUUCAAGGGACCUUGGUGCCAACAAUCCUGUCUCAGCGGUUGGGUCCCCGGUAAACUCCUGGUCUAAUUGGGGAUCCCCUCAUGGGAACGGAAAAGUAGAUUGGUCUGUAAAUGGUAAUGGGCAUGGGCUUGGUCGAUUGCACAGAUCAUCCUCAUUUGAGCUUGGAAACAAUGGGGAGGAGCCUGAUCUAUCCUGGGUUCAGUCCCUUGUUAAGGAAUCUCCAUCUGAGAUGAAAGAGAAGAAGCUGGCAGGUUCUGGUCCUGUUGGAUCUGCUGAUGGUUUAAAUUCUAACCCUCAAGUCGAGUCUAUUGAUCAUUCUGUUCUAGGAGCCUGGCUUGAGCAAAUGCAGCUGGAUCAGCUUGUAGUCUAAUCAAAUUGACCCUUUCCAUCUUGUGAUAGGUAUUUAAUUUCACAACGUACAUAUUCUUUUGUCAUUUUUUUGGGUGGAGCAAGGAGAGGGAAUGUACUGAACUGAAGCAAGGAGGGUAUGGCUGCAAGGUUCCUGAAACAUAAUCUAUUUUUUUCCCAUAAUUUUCUCAUUCAUUAUUUUACUAAAUAGCUCCAGGGAUGGGGUUAAGAAGGCCUUUCUCUGGGCUUGAUGAUAUCCAACUUAGAGUAUUAUUGCAAAAAAAAUCUAGUUUCAGGAGUCUUUCCUUAAGUUUAUUCCAAGCCAAGGUGGAGGGUUUAUAUAAACAAAUUCAAUAGCAUUUGUAUUCAAGUUCGUUGUCUUGUAGGAAUCUAUCACUAUAUUGCUGGUGCAUGUAUAGAAGGCUAGAGUGUGUUUCCUAUUGAGGAAUUAGAGGUGAUCUGUGCCAUUGGAUAUUUAUUGCUGGCAGAUCCUAUAAUAUAAAGUGAAGGCUACUGUGUUCCUAUGUUGUAUAAGUCACACAUGUAUCAGUUAUUUUCAAAUUCAAUGUAAUGGUUAUUUUAUGGAUAUUAUCUAAAUA